AUGCAUUUCUUCAAAUACAUCUAUCUUCUCAUCCUCGCUUUCACCACCACCAGUACCGCAGCCCGCAAAUCCUCAGAAAGCGUCCUCCUCUCCCACGUGAAAUCCCUCACACUUCGAAAGGAUCUCAAGACCUCCCACAAUCGCGUUUCAGCCGUUCCCCAGCUGAAUUGUAUAGGUGGAACAGCGAAAGGAUUUUAUGAUAUCGAUGUCCUCCGCUGCAAAAAUGCCGGAUCCUCUUAUGGAGAUGAAGACGUGCAAUGGACAUGUACUGCUUCACUUCCUUCGGAAUUCAAACUUGGUAGCACGGACGUCAUAUGCGAGGGUUUCUCCUCGUCUGAGGAUCCAUAUGUGCUGAAAGGGAGUUGUGGAGUGGAGUAUCGAUUAAUGCUCACAAAGCUGGGAGAGGAGAAGUAUGGAGGGAAAGGCAAGGACAUGUGGGGUGCAUAUGAUGGCAGAUCGAAAGGAGGUGACUGGGCUGCUGUCAUCUUCUGGUUCAUCUUUAUUGCCGUCGUCGGUUGGAUGGUAUAUGCCGCAUUGAUCAGGGAUAGCCUGGGAAGGAGGCCACCAGGAGCAGCUCCCAACCCCUGGUUUGGUGGAGGCGGAGGCGGCAACAAUGACGACCCACCGCCACCCUACGAAUAUCGUCCGUCGCCUAAGGCCAAGGCAACUUCCUCGAGAGCUCCCAGGGCAGCUCCUGCGCAGACGCAAGGAGGUUGGAGACCGGGCUUUUGGUCAGGAGCGCUGGGAGGUGCUGCUGCUGGGUAUAUGGCGGGCAACAGAGGGCAAAGUCAGCAGCCGAGAAAUCAGUCAACACGGAAUUUUAGUGGGGUAAACGGUCGUGGUAAUGGGGAAGGGAGUUCCAAUCUCGCUGGAGUGGGGGGUGGAAGAACGAGAUCGAGUGAAAGUUCAAGCUCGAAUUCUGGCUAUGGGUCCAGCAGACACGAAAGUUCUGGCUUUGGAGGAACGAGCAGGAGAUGA